AAUCACGCGCGCCCGCCUGCCCCGCCUGCCCCGGGACUGGCCAUGGCCGGGAGCCCGGUACCCAAGUCGCCCCUUGGGUAGAGCAGUUCCCGUUAACCUUAGCCACAAAGUCAAAGGUGGCAGGGCUGAGACCUCACCAGCACUGAUGCACUAGGAGGCCUGCAGGGAUGGAGAGCAGCCUGGCUGGUAGUAUCUCAGGAGAUGGGCUGGCAAGGAUCAAGCAGGAGGAGAAGCCAGAGUGGCCGUUACAGACUGUGGCAUCUCAGGCCGUGCUUCCGGAGAAGGACAAGGAAAACAUAUUUCAGCAGCAGAGUGGUCUCCCAUCCUGCCAGACCAUGGGGCGGCCCUGGGCUCUGGGGUCACAAGAGGAAACUGGGGGUGCACGGCGGGCCCCACUUCCUGAGCAGGAUGCACCGCUGGCUGCUCGAGUUCCAGGGACAGUUCCGGGUCCUCUGAGCACCUCACUUUCUGCGGGUGGGGCUCACUUUGUGUGCGUGGAUUGUGGGAAGAGGUUCAGCUGGUGGUCAUCCCUGAAGAUUCACCAGCGCACACACACAGGCGAGAAGCCUUACCUCUGCGGCAAGUGUGGCAAGAGCUUCAGCCAGAAGCCCAACCUGGUGCGCCACCAGCGCCACCAUACGGGCGAGAGGCCCUUCUGCUGCCCAGAGUGCACGAGACGCUUCAGUCAGAAACAGCACCUACUCAAGCACCAGAAGACACACUCUCGGCCUGCCACUCACUCGUGUCCAGAAUGUGAGCGCUGCUUUCGGCACCAAGUGGGCCUCCGCAUCCACCAGCGAGCACAUGCCCGAAACCACCUGGGUGCCCGUGUGAACUUACACGAGAUGCUCCGGUAUGCUGCUGCACGUCGCUGGGCCUGCCGCUUGCGCCCAGGAUCACCACGCGGGCACCCCGAGUGGGUCUGGCUGGGGCUCUGCCGGAGUUGGUGGGGUCAAAAUGGUGUCCGGACAACAACCCACAGCCGUUUAGGUCCCAGUGAACAGCGCCAGUUCAUCUGCAAUGAUUGCGGCAAGAGCUUCACGUGGUGGUCAUCGCUGAACAUCCACCAGCGCAUCCACACGGGUGAGCGGCCGUAUGCAUGCCCUGAGUGUGGCCGCCGCUUCAGCCAGAAGCCCAACCUCACAAGGCACCUACGCAACCACACCGGUGAGCGGCCACACCCUUGCUUGCACUGUGGACGCAGCUUCCGCCAGAAGCAGCACCUGCUCAAGCACCUGCGCACGCACCUGCCUGGUGCCCAGGCCGCCAGGUGCACCAGCUGUGGCCAGAGCUGCCCCAGCCGUGCGGCACUGCGAGCCCACCAGCGUGUGCACGCAGCUGCCGAGCUGCUGCGCUCGCAGUCUGCAGUCCGGGGUGGUGUGCCCGGCUCUGAGUCACAAGCUGAGGUUGCCCAGAGUGUGACUGUGAAGCCCCAAGGUCCCCAGGGUGCUAAGGGAGUGCUGUGUGACCAGGGGUGCGAGACCCUGGCUGUGCCCAGCGAGCAGCGCCAGUUCAUCUGCAACGAGUGCGGCAAGAGCUUCUCAUGGUGGUCAGCGCUCACCAUCCACCAGCGCAUCCACACGGGCGAGCGGCCCUAUGCCUGCCCAGACUGCGGCCGCUGUUUCAGCCAGAAGCCUAAUCUCACACGGCACCGGCGCAACCACACAGGCGAGAGACCCUACCUGUGCACAGCCUGUGGCCGCGGCUUCCGUCAAAAGCAGCAUCUGCUCAAGCAUCAGCGCGUCCAUCGUGGAGCUCAGGCACCACACCCUGGCCCAGAGGAAGAGCUGUAAUGUGCCCUGUGCAGCUGACGGUGGAGGAUGGUGGAGUGUGUGCCUGUAGGGUGCAUAUCAGGAACAGGAGAUGCUCCCCGAGUUAGGCUCAUCAAGGUUCUGAGGCCUGAGGAUGGUAUUCUAGAAGCAUCUCAAAGGAAGCCUAAAUAGUGCCUAGUAGGGGAGAUGAGAUCAAAGCCGUGAGUGUCUAGGAUGGGCUGUGAUUGUUAGUGUACCAUUCAGAAUUGGCCUCCAGCUAUAGGCACCUUGUGAGGGGCUGUUGGGAGCCUUAGGAAAGCCACCGUGUGUGAAAUGUCCUGGCACUGAUCAAUGGUAGCACUAGCCUGUCACAUAAGCUAUAAGAUGGUCAGUGGGGUGGUCCCUAUAGGAAAGACGGUAACACUCCAGGAUACCAAUAGAACAAAGGCUGUGGCUAAGAAGGGGUAAUUAUUUUCCCAGCACCAAGGACAGUGCCAAGCAGCCAUGCUGGAUGGUUUAAUGGUAGACACUGAGCCUCUUGCUGCUUGGGGUGCUAAGUACGCAAGACUGGCCUAACUGGCAAUGUGUAUGAUGAUUGGGGGCCAUGGUGCAGUCAGGUGGUCUCACCCAGAGCUUGGGGAAGUGGCUAUGCAAGAACAGGGUGUCUGUGCCAAGUGUGUGUGUUUCUGUGACUGACUUGGGUCCUUACCCAUACGGGUAUUGGAGAAAAAUGAAGGACUGAAUAUUCCA